AGGCGAGGUGGCGGCGAGAUGCUGCGUCCGUGCGUUCCCGCCUUGACGCGCAUGCGCAACAACAGCAGCACCGCCGCGUUUCCGCCUCGUAUGAGCGACGCGCGCGUCAGAGAGGAAAGCAAAGCAAAGCAGAGGAGAGGAGAGGGGAGGGUGCACGCCGAGAAGGAAGAGCCGAGCCACGGAGACGCAGUGGGGGCCACAGUCCGAAUACAUCACCGCACCGACGCAGCACCAUCUCUGCAACGCUUUCUUCUUUUUUCCUUUCUCUUUAUUUGGCGACUUCAUCUCACGCCGAUAUAUAUAACCUGCUGCGUGCGGCUCAAGCCUUCCAGCAUGGAGACAUCGCAGAAAAACACGCACUAAAAUGUGAGUUUUAUUUUUUUAUUUUUUAUUUUUCCUACCAGCUGGGAGGAAAUCUGCUGAGAGAAAGUGGGCUCUUCGUUUGCAUGUCCAAUCUAUGCUCCGAAGUGACAAAAUGAAGAAGUUCAACAUCAGGAAGGUGCUGGACGGCUUGAAAGAGGUGUCCUCCUCUUCCUCCACAUUCUCCUCCUCCACCCCUUCCGUCCAAGUGGGCCCACAGGAGAACCAUCUGGUCCAGGAGAACCUCCAGUCUGAGCAUUUCCAGCUCUGCAAGACUGUCCGUCAUGGCUUCCCAUACCAGCCGUCAUCCAUGGCCUUUGACCCCGUGCAGAAGAUACUGGCCAUCGGCACUCAGAGCGGAGCGCUCAGAUUGUUCGGUCGUCCUGGUGUGGAGUGCUACUGCCAGCACGAGAGCGGAGCGGCCGUCAUCCAGUUGCAGUUUCUCAUCAACGAGGGAGCGCUUGUGAGCGCCCUGGCGGACGACACGGUCCACCUGUGGAACCUGAGGCAGAAGAGACCGGCCAUCCUGCACUCGCUCAAGUUCAGCAGAGAGAGGAUAACCUUCUGCCACCUACCCUUCCAGAGCAAGUGGCUGUACAUCGGCACGGAACGGGGCAACAUCCACAUCGUCAACGUGGAGUCCUUCAUGCUCUCAGGCUACGUCAUCAUGUGGAACAAAGCCAUUGAACUGUCCUCCAAGGCUCACCCUGGACCAGUCGUCCACAUCAGUGACAACCCCAUGGAUGAGGGAAAGCUCAUAAUUGGAUUCGAGUCUGGCAUCGUGGUCCUGUGGGAUCUGAAAUCAAAGAAGGCAGACUAUCGCUACACUUAUGAUGAGGCGAUCCACUCGGUUGCCUGGCAUCACGAGGGCAAGCAGUUCAUCUGCAGUCACUCAGACGGGACGCUGACCAUAUGGAACGUGAGAGGCCAGGGCAAACCCAUACAGACAAUCACCCCACACGGAAAACAACCCAAGGAUGGGAAGAAGCCUGAGCCUUGUAAACCAAUUCUCAAAGUGGAGUACAAAACCAGCAGAAAUGGGGAACCCUUUAUCAUCCUAUCGGGGGGUCUGUCCUACGACACGGUGGGCAGGCGGCCUUGUCUGACGGUCAUGCACGGGAAGAGCACCGCCGUCUUGGAGAUGGACUACCCUAUAGUGGACUUUCUCACGCUGUGUGAGACGCCGUACCCUAACGAUUUUCAGGAACCUUACGCCGUGGUGGUCCUCCUCGAAAAGGACUUGGUGGUGAUCGACCUUGCACAAAACGGUUACCCCAUAUUCGAGAACCCCUACCCCCUGACCAUCCACGAGUCCCCGGUGACCUGCUGCGAGUACUUCGCCGACUGCCCCGUGGACCUCAUACCAGCACUUUACUCUGUAGGCUCUCGACAGAAGCGGCAGGGCUACAGCAAAAAGGAGUGGCCUAUCAGUGGGGGCAACUGGGGUCAAGGCACACAAAGCUACCCAGAGAUCAUCAUCACAGGGCACGCUGAUGGAACGGUGAAGUUUUGGGAUGCCUCUGCAAUAAUGCUCCAGGUGCUCUACAAGCUGAAAACAGCCAAGGUGUUUGACAGAAACCGCUCCAAAGAGGACAAGGGCAGCACAGAGGGGUCGGAUGAAGACCCCUUCGCCAUUCAGCUCAUGGCCUGGUGCCCCGAGAGUCGCAUGCUGUGUGUGGCGGGCGUGUCGGCAAACAUCAUCAUCUACCGUUUUAGCAAACUGGAAGUAACCACGGAGGUGGUGCAGCUAUUAGAAGUGCGGAUGCAGUACGAGUUGAACGACAUCGAGUCUCCAGAGGGCGGAGGCGGGGAGCACACGUCAGCGCACCCGACCCCCGGCGCCUCCCCGCAGACGAGCGGCCCGCCUUCCCACCCUUCCACCAGUAGCAGCAACUCUGAUGGAAGCAACAUACCGUGCCUCAAGGUGCGCAGCGCUCAGCUGAAACAGUCUCCAGGUUACCAGGUCGACUUGGUGGUGCAGUUAGUGUGGGUGAGCGGAGAGCCUCCUCAGCAGAUCACAAGCCUGGCGCUCAAUUCCUCCUACGGCCUAGUGGUGUUUGGUAACAGCAAUGGCCUGGCGGUGGUGGACUACAUCCAGAAGACAGUAGUGCUAAACCUGGCCACAGUGGAACUGUACGGCUCCAACGACCCGUACCAGAGACAACCACGCUCGCCUAGAAAGUCCAGACAACCCUCUGGAGGACUGUGCGACAUCAACGAGGGGUCGGCCACAUCAGAGGACCGCUGCAAGUCUCCUACUUCAGUGUUGAUGUCAAACAGCAAUCUCCAACAGUUCUACAAUGGAGGUGGUAGAGGAGCAAAGAUGUCACGGAAAUUAAGCUUGCCUACUGAGCUAAAGCCAGACUUGGUCCUCUUGUCUGUAUGCCCGCCCCGGGGUGCCAACCCUCUAGACCACCGGGACAACUCCUUCAGUCGCUCGCGCUCGUCCAGCGUCACCAGCAUCGACAAGGAAGCAAAAGAAGCCAUCCACUCCUUCCACUUCUGCGAGAUAUUUGCCCGUAAGGGGGACAGCACUUUAUCGCCUUGCCUGUUUGUGGGCACCUCCCUGGGCACCGUGCUGGCGCUGGCCCUCACGCUGCCACCUGCUGGGGAGCAGAGGCAACUACAGCCUGUCAUACUUUCACCCACAGGCAUGUUGAUCCGACUCAAGGGCAGCAUCUUGCGGCUGGCCUUCUUGGACUCCGCCGGUUCGCUUUUGCCCCCCGCGUUUGACCCCUGGUUCGAACCUAAUGUCUCGGCGGAUGGCGAGGAACGAGAAAAGGUCCGCAAGCGUCGCCCCGUCUCGGUGUCUCCUUCCAGUUCGCAGGACCUGAACGAGGGCCAGUACGCUGUGGUGUGCUCUGAAAAGCAGGCCAAGGUGCUUUCCCUGCCCACCCAGACGUGCAUCUACAAACACAGCAUCACAGAGACCUCCUUCAUCUUACGUGCUGACGUGGUCCAGAUGAGCCAGGGAGUGUGCUUGGCCUGUUUCUGUGCCAACGGCCACAUCAUGACCCUCAGUUUACCAGGACUGAGACCCCUCAUGGACGUCAACUACCUGCCUCUGACAGACAUGAGGAUAGCCAGGACCUUCUGCUUCACCAACCUGGGCCAGACCAUGUACAUGUGCUCCCCCACUGAGGUCCAGAGGAUCACGUACAGUCAGGACACCUGUGAGAACCUACAGGAAAUGCUUGGUGAAUUGUUUACACCAGUGGAGACACCAGAGGCACCCAACAGAGGGUUCUUCAAGGGUCUCUUUGGGGGAGGAGCACAAUCCCUGGACAGAGAGGAGCUAUUCGGCGAGUUAGCAGCAGGGCGAGCAUCCCGAAGCCUGGCCCAGCACAUCCCAGGGCCGGGCGGCAUCGAGGGCAUGAAGGGGGCGGCUUCGGGUGUGGUGGGAGAGCUGGCGCGUGCUCGGAUAGCACUGGACGAGCGGGGGCAGAAACUGGGCGAGCUGGAGGAGAGGACGGCUGCCAUGAUGGCCAGCGCUGACUCCUUUUCCAAGCACGCACAUGAUAUGAUGUUAAAGUGCAAAGACAAAAAAUGGUACCAGUUCUGAUCGGUGGACCUUCCAUGCCCUCAUUGGUGGGACUCAUCUUGACGUGACCUCCCACCCUGUCGUCUUUGCUUUCAGCCCUCAUCCCUCCGAGACACUUGGGAUAUUCUUCCCUUUAGCACAAUGUCCAAUACUGUUAUUACCUCAGUCUUUCUUUGGCUGGAGCUGAGGGAGACGCAGGGAAGCAAGGAAAACGCUGUCUUCUUUUUCUAAUUCUCCAUCCUUUUUUUCCUCUUUUCUUCUCUGGACACGUGGAGAAUUUUCAUUCUCAUUUGCCAAACUGUCCUUAAGACUGAUGUCAGUAUUUCAACUGGAACAGAGACACGAAAUAUUGUUCAAAUGUACAAAAAAUACAGAAUACAUUAUAAUAUAUAAAUAUAUAUAUAUAGAUAUAUAUACAUAAAUCUAAAUGUGCAAAGCUGUAUCCACUUCAGGGCACGCGGUACAGGACGCUGAUUGGAUGGAUGCAGGAAGGAGGCCCGCCCAAACAGGAAGUGACGCCUCCUCUAUGCAGAGAGUCACUCUGAUUUUUUUUUUCUUUCCAUUUUCCUCAACUUCCAGACUCUCCUGACAUUUUCUCACCCAGCCUAGAUUUAUUAUGAAUUCUUGUUUUGUCGUAUGGCUCUUGUCAAUAUUACAGGAAAGCUCUUAUUUUUCUAUGCUUGUCAAAGUGGAGAUAUUUUUGUUGUUGCUUUCUCAUUUGUUUUGGAAAAAAGGGCUGGAAAUCUACAAGGAGGGCAAGGAUAAACAAGGCAUAUUUAUCAUUAAGGUGUGCUUUCAUUUCAACUGUUAAUACGCCCCCGCCUGGUUUAGCGUGACUGUACAAAUGCUGCUAGGAUCACUGUUAAAUACUUUUUAUUACACCUUUUACAAGAAUAUGUUCAAUAAUGUUGUUUUUUUUAUAAUCCUGGUUUGUUUUAUUUGAUGCCCAUUCCCCAUAAUUUCAGUUAAAUGUGGUGGCACAUCUCUCUAUAAGGUUUUUUUUCAUUUACAUAGACAAUCUGGAACGUCAAUAGAAAUACUAGGCCUCAUUUUGUCCAUUGUGUUUGGAUUCAACUUGAAGGCGUAUCUCGGGAAAGUAAAUAAUGGUACAAAGUGCUUUUUUUCCCCCUCCCCUCACAUUACCGCUUUAUUUUUUAUGAAAUCAUGACAUGUUCCUUGGUCCAAAUACCCAAACCAGAAGACGAUGGUGUGGAGCAAGCUGACGAGAACCAAUGUUGUAAUGUAAUAACUACAAAUCUAUUAUUUCAGCAGCUUUACAGAAACAAACCAACCACUAGGACUUAACAAUGUCAAGGUUUCAAAUGUGUGUGUGUGCUUUUUUUUGUUUGUCCGUCUGUGCUUAGAGGAGUGUGUUACUGUUUGUUCAACAGUGUCCUGGUCUGCCGUUUUUUGUCCACUUGAGUGGUAUGCCAUCUAAAGCCAACCAAAUCGCAUAAAUAAAGAGUGCAAAAGGAAGGAUUCCACACCAUUUGUGACAGUGGAAGGCUUUCACCUCAAUGUCACCUCUUCACUUAAGUGUGUGUCCUUUCUUUACAUGUCCCAUGAUGUUACUUUGAGCCAUAUGUUCUUGUUCCUGCAGUGCGGUAAUGCAGUAUUCCUCCUCUCAAAACGCCAGACAAAGAGUGUUUAAUUGAAUUUUUUUUUUGUCAUUCUGUCGUCCUGGAGUCAACACUUGUUUAAGUGGGUUGCAGUAUUUUUCUCAUUGUAGCCAAUUUUCUUGUACAGUUUUAUGCAACUUUCACAUGGAUGUUGAUGACUUUAUCUGCUGCCACAAACAAAUUUAGGAGAUUCUGUAGAUAGAGAUUACUGUGCAAUGGAAAAAUAAAAGUGGAAAAUGUA